AGUCGCAGAAGCAGAUCACAGACAGACUCCAUCCGCUCCCCGGUCAGGAAGACAAAUCAGUCAGUUCUCAGAUCAUCGCAGAUAUCACAUUCUAUAAAUCCAGUCUUUCAAAUCAAACGUUGGAGCAAUACAGCUCUCCGCCGGACACAGGGGAUGGUCGGUCUUGCAUCAUAAGGAAAAUUGCCUUGUCCACCUGACACAUGAGGACGACGCGUUGUAGAAGAAUCAUGAGGGCGGUGCUUUAGUGAGAUAUCAAAGGGUUCUGGUAAUGUGCCAUGGGGUACGACGUCACCAGGUUCCAAGGAGAGGUGGACGAGGAUCUGUUGUGUCCCAUCUGCAGUGGGGUGUUGGAGGAGCCAGUGCAGGCCCCUCACUGUGAGCAUGCUUUCUGCAACGCCUGCAUCACACAGUGGUUUGCACAGCAGCAGAUCUGCCCAGUGGACCGCACUGUAGUGACUCUUGCCCACCUUCGACCCGUUCCCCGCAUCAUGCGUAACAUGCUUUCCAAACUGCAGAUCUCCUGUGACAACGCCGGCUUCGGCUGCACCGCCACCCUGCGUCUAGACCAGCUGCAGUCGCACCUAAAGGACUGCGAGCACAACCCCAAACGACCUGUCACUUGUGAGGAAGGCUGCGGGCUUGAAAUGCCCAAGGAUGAGAUGCCCAACCACAACUGUAUCAAGCACCUACGUAGUGUAGUGCAACAACAGCAGACCAAGAUUGCAGAUCUGGAGAAGACUUCAGCUGAGCACAAGCACCAACUUGCAGAGCAGAAACGUGAUAUCCAGCUCCUGAAAGCUUACAUGCGAGCAAUUCGCAGUGCUAACCCUAACCUACAAAACCUGGAGGAGAGCAUCGAGUACAAUGAAAUCCUGGAGUGGGUGAACUCUCUCCAACCUGCUCGCGUGACCCGUUGGGGAGGAAUGAUCUCCACACCUGAUGCUGUCCUCCAGGCCGUCAUCAAACGCUCACUAAUAGACAGUGGAUGUCCGUUGUCAAUUGUUAAUGACCUCAUUGAAAAUGCCCACGAGCGCAACUGGCCCCAAGGCUUGGCCACACUGGAGACACGGCAGAUGAACCGGCGAUAUUAUGAAAACUAUGUGGCCAAACGCAUUCCGGGAAAGCAGGCGGUGGUUGUCAUGGCCUGCGAGAACCAACACAUGGGGGAAGAUAUGAUUCUGGAGCCAGGCUUGGUUAUGAUCUUUGCUCAUGGCGUUGAGGAAAUCUUAUAGUGUGCAUUUAGAAGGGUAAUAGGGUGCCAAUAAUCAAAGGGGAUUAGAGACUGAAUUGAUUUUCCCAUAUAAAAAAUUCAAAAUUCAUCCCACUGAAAUUCAAUAUCAAGACUUCUAUGGCAGUCUUUACCUCAAAUUUUAAGGAUGGACACAGGCAGAGAGAUGACCUCUAUGAAGUCUCUGCUCUUUUGAACGAUCUGACGAAGAGUACCUCCAGCAUUCCCAUUCUCUUUGCCUUAAAAGGACAUUUUCAAUAAGUGGACCCUAACAGAAAAAACCCAACUUGAAACAUUAUCAGGGAUGAUGGUACACAUAUGUUUUAGCAUUAAGAUAGACAGAAGGAUUUGAAGUGUUGUGUUAUCUAAUUUCCCCUUUAACAUUAAUUUCCCUCUGUCAGUAAAUUGAGAGUAAAUACAUGUCCCUUAUAGCACUCAGCAAUGUCUUGUAAAUACAGAUGAUAAAGAAAUAUAGACAAAGAUAUACUAUCUGUUCAUGUUAUAAUAUAGUGGACAUUUUUGCUGUCUUCAUCUCAGUUUGAUAUUUAGAGUAGUGUGUUUAAGCUACCAUGGAUCUCAAUGUCUUUUCUUUUUUUAAGAGCUAUGAUUAAAGUAUGCUAGAUAAAGAUCUCUCUGCUCUGUGUCUGCACUGUGUGGCAACUGGGAAAACAAGCUGUUGGCCUGAAUCUAGUUUUGUGAAGAGGUUUGUCCUUCUUCAGAGGCAAGACAAAAAGUAGAAGGCGCACAUGGUGGGCGAUUUAAUAACUUUCACCCACUGUUCUUUGUGCAAUGAGAACCUCUUGAUUGUGAUUUAUUUUAUUUUUCACCAGAAUUGCUUAAAUACUAAAUUUGUGUGUGCAAAUCAGGCACCGCCUUUCCAUCUACUCUGGUGCUUUGUUUUUUAAGCAGAUCAUAAAAAUUAAAAAUUUUACUGGGAUUACUGGGUAUGUCUCAUGCUCAGCUUGUAUAAAACAGGUUAGAACAAGAAUUAUGUUUUUGAGUUGACUGUCAAAUGGUCUCUUCCAAACCAUAAAUGGAUGGAAAGUUUAUUAAUAGAUUACGAAGCAUGGAAAUGUUUAUGACAAUUUCCAAAGACCAACUUACAGAUAAUGUAAAAAACAUUUGUUGUCUAUAGCUUGAUCUCCUGCAAACGUAUUAUCUCAGACUCAACUUAAUCUGGAUCUGUUUACUGUGGUUCACAUCUGAACGGUUAUCUUAUCCAUCAAUUUGCCACCACGGAUGGUUGUAUUUUGUUUAUAUUGUGCAAUGGACUGGAGAAGUGGUUUGAGAAUUAAUUUAGCAUAUUUUUAUGUUUGUGUUGUGAGUACCUUUGUUGUACAUAGUUGAUUAAAGAGUAGGGUCAGUUUAAUUGGUGUUGUAUGACAGUUGUCUCUGCAACCAAAGUGUUUUGUUGUGUUGUAUGCACAUUAUGCUAUCGUUCUUGUUUGUUUUUUUGUUUUUUUUUGCUGCACGAACAUACCGAAAAUGUAAGUUCAGCGAUUCUGAAAUGUAUUAUUCGAGCAAUUGUAUGUCAUCUGCUUCAGUGUUACAUAGACCUGAAUGCUCAGUGCAUUGUUUACAGUAGCUUUUUGCAAAUGUUGUUAAAUAUAAGCAGACACUAAAGACCCAGAAUGUUUGUAUUCUGCAAUAUACAACCAGGCCUAUGUGAAUUAAGGGGAGAAAUGUCUGUGAACUUUGCCUUAUCACACUUCAUUUGACAUUUCACUGCCUGAUUGCUUUAUAAUCUCACAAGGCACCUCUGCUAAUCAUUUUACAAUUACACCCUCAAAUUGACGCAAUAACAUAUGAUCCAAUGUAGAAUUCACUCUAUUUCUGCUUUGAUAACUUAACAUCAGUCUGCUCACCUUUUACAUAUAAACUUCAGCUUGUGGUGAAAAGAAGGGGAAAUUCUUCACUAAUAUUAACUGAAUUCAAAGCUACUCGCUAUUCAUGAAAUGAAGGUUCACUACUAUUUGCGUUCAGUUGAAUGAGGCUGAAACAUCGUCUCUUAUUGGACGCAAGACCUCUCUCUAGACGCUCAGGAUUUUAUCAUCUGAUGUCAGGGACGAAACGUUCAAAGAGCUCAUGUUUCCCACUGCGGCAUUGUCCAUGGAUGUGGCAUUCUUCUGUUUUUUUUUUUUUUUUUGUCUUUAUCCUUGCUAUUUUGCUGUGGGUUACUGACAGAAUAUGAAUAAAUAUCAUUAUUGAUUUUACAAUAUGA